GAGAGCAUAGAAGCAGUCAUCAGCCUUUCAAGAUCAGAAGGAAAGAGUAUAGUGUGGGGAAAAAUUAUUAAAGAAUGGCAACAAAGGUGGGAUCAAGAACUAAAAGGAAGACAUUUAUACUUGAUUAAAAAAAGAGUUGGCACUGUGGAUAAUAAGGGAGGAAACAGGAGAGAAGAGACUAUUAUGACCAGAGUAAGAAUAGGGCAUAAUAAAUUAAAUAGCACUCUUCAUAUUAUGGGAAAACAUCCAACUGGGUUUUGUGACCAGUGCCAAAUACCUGAGACUGUAGAACAUGUGCUUAUUAAUUGUUCAAAAUAUGAAUUACAGAGGAUGGAUAUGAUAAAUGACAUGGAAAAAAUAGGACUAACAGGACGUGGAGUAAAGAAUAUAAUGGACUGCAGUAGGAGUGAACAAGGAAUUAAAUAUUUGAUUUGCUUUCUGACUAAAACGGGACUCAUGACAAGAAUAUGAUGACUAAAGUAUAUGGGAAAUAACUAGAACCAGAAGAUGGCAGUAAUGCAACGUUAAGGAUGCAAGCUGCUGUUAAAACCCAAAGAAGAAGAAGGAAGUUUCAGUGUCAUUCGUCUGCUCUGUAGCAGGAGCGUUUUCAGGGGUCUUUUAAAGUUCGUGCUGUGUCUGUGUGGUCCUGGUGAAAAUGUCCUCGAUAAUUCCUCGUAUCGAGCAGCUGUCAUCGAGAGUGGUGCGUGUUUUGGGUUGUAACCCGGGGCCCAUGACACUGCAGGGCACCAACACAUACCUGGUCGGGACAGGCAGGAGGCGAGUGUUGAUUGAUGCAGGCGAGCGCGCGGUACCGGAGUAUAUUGUCAACCUGCGCAAGGCACUGACGCAGCAGGAGACGUCCAUACAGCACAUUAUAGUCACACACUGGCAUCACGACCACACUGGAGGAGUGCCGGAUAUACUCACAAACUUUCACACAGAUUCAGAGCUGAGGGUCAGUAAACUCCCUCGGUGCCCUCCACAGGAAGAAGUGAUUGGAGACCAGAAGAAGAAAUAUUCAUAUCUCAGUGAUGGUGAUGUGAUAAAGACUGAAGGGGCAACAUUACGGGUGCUGUUUACUCCCGGACACACAGAUGAUCACAUGGCAUUAUUCCUGGAGGAGGAGCAAGCUAUGUUUUCAGGUGACUGUAUUCUAGGAGAGGGAACGGCUGUGUUUGAGGACCUCCAUGAUUACAUGAAGUCACUGCAGAAGCUCCUCAGCAUGAAGGCUGACCUCAUAUAUCCAGGUCAUGGUCCAGUGGUCCAAGAUGCUUUUUCUAAGAUCUGUGAGUAUAUAACUCACCGCAAUGCAAGAGAACAGCAGAUCCUAAACGUUCUGCAGGAGAACAACAGAACUGCGUUCACCUCCAGCGAACUGGUUAAAGUGGUGUACAAGGAGACCCCUGAACACCUGCACAGAGCUGCAGAGUUUAACUUGCUGCACCAUUUAAAGAAACUCCACAAGGAAGGAAAGAUCUGCCUGGCUGAAGGCUCAAAUGAGAAGAAAUGGAAGAGCAAUUUGUGACAGUUUUUUAGCCCACACACUCAUCACCCACAGUGACUAAUAAAAGGUUCCCAGUGAAGUAAAAUGGACUUAAGGGGACACUGGGACUAGUCACUUUUUUCAAAUGGUGACCUUCUGUGAAAACCUGCUCUGAUAGGAGGCCAUUUACAUUUAUUGUGCAGACCCAUUUCUCCAAAUUGCCUUAACAUAUUUUUUUUCCCGCAUUUUUACGGUGUUGCGCGUUAACUAAUCACACACGAUUCCGUUGAGUUUAUGAAUGCAGCGGCCAAUCAGAGGCGUUACG